AUUGUUCCGCAGUUUUCCACAGACACAACCCACGUCCAGUAGCUGCUUACACAAAAAUUGAAUUAAACAAAGAAUAGUGAGAGAAUAAUUAAUAAAAGUUAAUUGCAGCUGCUGUUUAAUUCAGCGCACAAAUUAAAUGCAAUGGACAAGUGAAUAAACAUCAAAAUCAAACCCGCAUUUCGGGUGUAAAAAUCGGAUGUGUUUUCUUACAUCUGUGUAUCUACCGAAACCAAAGUGUACGCGUGCAUGUGUGUGUGUGUGUGCGUGCUCAUGUAAGAGAGUGCAUGAAUGUGUAUGUGUAUAUAUUUAUACGUACGCUACGCACUGUUAUAGAUACAACAACAAGCCAGAAGGCAGCAGGCUGGCCUGGCAGUUGGAACGGCAAUAGCAACGGGAACGGCGAACUGAUGAACGGCUGAAACAGCAGGAGCAUGUUCUUGUUCUUGUAAAAUUACCAAAAAGAAAUUUCAUUCGGAAAAUGCGGAAAUGAGGCUGAGAAAGAGAAACAACCCCAAAAACGCAAACGACUAAAAAGACAAAAACAACAAGCUAAAAAGGACAGAGACAGUGAGAGGGAGAGAGAGAAGACGCAACGCUAAAUCGUUUUAGUUACGAUUUAAAGUUUUUUGUUUUGUGAUUAAUAAUAAAAAUAACAACGAAAAUAAAUACGAUACGAUACGAAGUGAGUGAAAAGAAAGUGUGAGAAACUCUUAAUAAAAUCGAAAAAGCAAUCAAAAUCAAAACUUCGCCUCGCUGCAUUUGGAUUGUAAAUUCUGUCUUUUUCUUCUACUUUUUGGGCCACGCCGUCGCCGUAGGCGCUGGCGAGAUAAACAUAAAGAGAGAUAAAUACAGAAAUAAAAAAAAAAAGAACUCAACCAAAUUAAUGGGAAAGCAUAGACACAAAUAAGUAUAUAUAAUUUUAUUGGUGUUGCGCGUUGAGUGCUCUGCAUUGCUUAUCUAUAUAUGCAUAUGUCGUCAUUGUCGCCGACGUCGACGUCGCCUUCGAUUUUGGGCGCCUCGAGCUGCCUGCAUGGAAAUCUAACUGGAGCAGGCAUCGAAGAAUAAUAAUAUUCAACACACAAAUUCGAAGAUAAAAAGCAGAAUCAAAACUGAAGUGGACGCAGAUAGAACGAGUGAAAUUGGAAUUGAGCAAAGAUAAAUAAUAUAUACAUAGAAGAAAGAUAAAAAACAAUGAUUGCCACCACUCACAACUGCGCAAUAUCUAUAUAUAUGUAAUAUACAUAUGCAUAUGUAUAUAUCAACAUCACAUCGACAUCGUUACAUCUGGAGCACUAACUACUAUCAUUCAGCAUCAAACAUAAACAAUAUGCCCAGGCAGCAACCACUGCAUCAACUGCUGCUGCUGCUGCUGUUGCUGGCCCUAGCGCUGCCCGCAGCCAAAGCUCAAUAUCAGUCGCCACGCAUUAUUGAGCAUCCCACAGAUUUGGUCGUCAAGAAGAAUGAACCCGCCACGCUCAAUUGCAAAGUGGAAGGCAAGCCGGAGCCCACCAUUGAGUGGUAUAAGGAUGGCGAACCGGUCAAUACGAAUGAAAAGAAAUCGCAUCGGGUUUUGUUUAAAGACGGCGCUCUAUUCUUCUAUCGCACGAUGCAGAGCAAGAAGGAGCAGGACAGCGGCGAGUACUGGUGUGUGGCCAAAAACCACGUGGGCAAAGCCGUCAGUCGACAUGCCUCACUCCAAAUCGCUGUAUUGCGCGACGAUUUUCGCGUGGAGCCCAAAGAUACGCGCGUGGCCAAAGGCGAGACGGCGCUGCUCGAAUGUGGGCCGCCCAAAGGCAUACCAGAGCCGACCAUUAUCUGGAUGAAGAAUGGCGUUCCACUGGAUGACUUGAAUUCGAAACCUUUUAGCACCAGCUCACGCGUCCGCAUCGUGGAUGGCGGCAAUUUGCUGAUCAGCAACGUGGAACCCAUCGAUGAGGGCAAUUACAAGUGCAUUGCCCAGAAUCUCUUGGGAUCACGGGAAUCCAACUACGCCAAGUUGAUUGUCCAAAUCAAGCCGUACUUCAUGAAGGAGCCCAAAGACUUGACCAUGGUCUAUGGCCAGACGGCGACGUUUCAUUGCUCUGUCGGCGGCGAUCCACCGCCCAAGGUGCUGUGGAAGAAGGAGGAAGGCAACAUACCGGUCUCUCGGGCACGCAUCCUGCAUGACGAGAAGAGUCUCGAGCUGAGCAACAUAACGCCCAACGACGAGGGCACCUACGUCUGUGAGGCGCACAACAAUGUGGGCCAGAUCAGCGCUCGAGCCACGCUCACCGUGCACGCUCCGCCAAGUUUCUCCAAGAAACCGACCAAUAAGAAAGUCGGCCUCAAUGGCCAAGUACAACUGCCUUGUGUGGCCACAGGCAAUCCGCCGCCAACUGUCUUCUGGACCAAGGAGGGUGUGUCUACGCUCAUGUUUCCAAACAGCUCGCAUGGCCGUCAGCACAUCACAGCCGAUGGCACGCUGCAGAUCAACGAUGUGCAGCAGGAUGACGAGGGCUUCUAUAUGUGCUCUGCUUUCAGUGUCGUUGACUCAGCCACGGUGCGCGUCUAUCUGCAAGUCAGCACGGUCGAUGAACGUCCGCCGCCCAUCAUACAAAUAGGACCCGCCAAUCAAACGCUAUCCAAGGGCUCUGUCGCCACCAUGCCUUGUCGUGCCACGGGCAAUCCGACGCCACGUGUCAAAUGGUUCCACGAUGGCUAUGCGGUGCAGACGAGCAAUCGUCACAGCAUCGUUCAGGGCAGCUCCCUACGAAUAGAUGAUCUGCAGCUAAGCGAUUCUGGUUUAUAUACAUGCACCGCCUCCUCGGAGCGUGGUGAAUCCAGCUGGUCUGCUACUCUGAGAGUGGAGAAGAGCAGCUCAGCCACGCUGCAUCGUGUGGCGGAUCCCAGCACCUAUCCCGCCCCACCAGGCACGCCCAAAGUCAUUAAUGUCACGCGCACGAGCAUCUCACUGAGAUGGGCCAAGAGCCAAGAGAAACCAGGCGCUGUUGGUCCUAUCAUAGGCUAUUCUGUGGAAUACUUUAGUCCCGAUCUGCAAACGGGCUGGAUUGUAGCCGCCCAUCGCAUUGCGGACACCCAAGUGACGAUCUCCGACCUGACCUCGGCCACAUCGUAUGUGUUUUUGGUGCGCGCUGAGAAUACGCAGGGCGUGUCUGUGCCCUCAGGCCUCUCGAAUGCCAUUAAGACCUUGGGCGAGGACUUUGACGUGGCGCCCUCCAAUGAGCUGUCCGCAGCGCGAACGCUGCUUACCGGCAAGGUUGUGGAGCUCAUCGAUGCAUCGGCUGUAAAUGCGAGCGCCGUGCGCUUGGAUUGGAUGCUGCACGUGAGCGCAAAUGAGAAAUUUGUGGAGGGCCUGCACAUACGCUAUCGCGAUGCCAGCUCCCAUUCGAAUCAGUAUGCCAUGGUCACAGUGUUGGAUGCUGCCUCGGAAUCUCAUGUGAUUGCCAAUUUGCGCAAAUAUACGAAAUACGAAUUCUUUGUGACGCCCUUCUAUGAGAGCAUCGAGGGACAGCCGAGCAAUUCGAAAUUAGUCACAACCUAUGAGGAUGUGCCCUCUGCUCCGCCGGAUAAUAUACAAAUUGGCAUGUAUAAUUUAACUGCUGGCUGGGUGCGCUGGACGCCGCCGCCAGCUCAACAUCACAAUGGCAAUUUGUAUGGCUAUAAAAUCGAAGUCAGCGCCGGCAACACAAUGAAAGUGCUGGCCAACAUGACGCUGAAUGCAACAACCACAUCUGUGCUGCUUAAUAAUCUAACCACAACAGCUGUUUAUAGCGUGCGUCUGAAUGCGUUCACCAAAGCAGGAGACGGGCCCUACUCCAAGCCAAAAUCCUUGUAUAUGGAUCCCACGUAUCAUGUGCAUCCGCCGCGUGCCCAUCCCAGCGGCACACACGAUGGCCGCCAUGAGUCCGGCAACGAUUUCACAUACCACACGAAUGGCAUGGUGAACACAGAGCCGAACCAUGCCAAUCCGACGACACAUCGCAAGACGACUGUCAUACCUCAUGGCACUUGGCUUAUGGUGCUGGUUGUCGUUGUCUUAUUAAUUGUGGUAGCCUCGACGGCAACGGUCAUGAUUUACUUUAGGCGGCGCCAUCAAAUGACCAAAGAGCUGGGACACCUGAGCGUGGUCAGCGCCAAUGAGAUAACUGCUUUGAACAUCAAUAGCAAGGAGAGCCUCUGGAUAGAUCGCGGCUGGCGCACCACGGACACGGACAAGGACUCGGGUCUGAGUGAAUCCAAGCUGCUCUCGCAUGUCAACAGCAGCCAGUCCAACUACAAUAACUCCGAUGGCGGCACCGACUAUGCCGAGGUGGACACACGCAAUCUGACCACCUUCUACAACUGUCGCAAGAGUCCCGAUAAUCCCACACCCUAUGCCACGACCAUGAUCAUUGGCACCUCGUCCAGUGAAACCUGCACCAAGGCCACCUCGUUGAGUGCUGACAAGGAUUCGGGCACACAUUCGCCCUACUCGGAUGCAUUUGCCGCGCAGGGCGCAACGGCGGCGGCGGCGGCUGCUGCCGCGGCUGCUAGCAACAAAUCAAACUACUUGCAAUAUCCAACGGAAACGAUUAAUUGGUCAGAGUUUUUGCCACCACCACCGGAGCAUCCGCCACCAUUGUCCUCCAAUUAUGGCUAUGCGCAGGGCUCGCCCGAGUCUUCGCGUAAGAGUUCCAAGAGCGCCGGCUCUGGCAUUUCAACCAAUCAAAGCAGCUCGUCGGGUGGCUUUUCCGCUUGGGGUGUUUCGCCGCAGUGCGCCGCUGGCUGUCCACAGGAGAAUCUAUAUAGCAAUCCGCUGAGCAGUGUGGGCGGCACACAGAAUCGCUACCAGAUCACGCCCACCAGCCAGCAUCCGCCGCCAUUGCCGCCCUAUUUUGCGACUACCGGCGGCGGGGGCGGCGGCGACAUGGCCUCCCGCAACAUACAUAUCCACUAUCCCACGCAGCGGCACGCCGUGAGCGAAUAUCAGGCGUCGCGUUGUGGCAGCAACAGCCGAGCUUGCAACAGCUGUGAUGCCCUGGCCUCGCCCAUGCAGCCGCCGCCGCCGUUGCCGCUGCAGCAGCCAGUGGAGGGCUGGUAUCAGCCGGUGCAUGCGCCACAUGGCAGUCAGAUGCCAGCGGCUUCCUCCAGUCAUCAGAUCUAUCAAUGCUCCUCCGAGUGUUCGGACAACUCGCGCGCCUCGCACGGCCACAACAAGCGGCACCAACACCCUCACCAUUCCGACAGCAGCACUGAGCACAGCGGCAGCAAGCGCUCCGCUCAGCGUCGUCAAGCGGCACAGCACGCCCAGCAGCAGCAGCAACAGCAGCUGCAACAGCAGAAUUCCUGCGCGGAGAGUGAGAAUGAAAAUAUGUUGUCGUCCGGCUAUGAGCUGCAUCAGCGCAACUAUACGAGCGACUGCUGCAACAGCUCCCGGGAGGGCGACACCUGCUCCUGCAGCGAGGGCUCCUGCCUGUACGCCGAGGCCGGCGAUCCCGUGGGACCGCCGCAGCGCCUCAUGACUGCUAAAAAUACUUAAGCCAAUCAGCACAUUGGAAUGGGAAUUGGAAUCGGAAUCCCAAUUGGAUCUUGCAAACGUAUUAAGAAAACAAAAGAUAGCAUCUAGUCCAUCAUUUUUCAUUCAUAUCGAACCUAGCACACAAUACUACAUAGCAUUUGAUAUAACUAGAACUGUGCUAUAUAUACAUACAAUAUAUAAAAACAAGAAUAAGGAAAGAUCCUACGAAAACCGAAUACGUACACACUCACAAAACGAAUGCAGAACAACUCAAAAACAAAAACAACAAUUAUGGUGCACAGCUCGAAUUCUGAUCUUAAACUUAGUUAUAUAAACAAACAACAGGCAAAUAGAAGUCAAAACAAAAAGCGAAAGAGAAAACCCAAGAAGAAGAAUGGAAAUGUACUUAAGAAACUGAAAUGCUGUAAAAAUGCUUCGAAAAACAAUAACAUAAAAAAUUGCUAAAAUCAUCAAAUACGUACUCAAAAAAGAUUGCAAGAGUUAGAAAAAAGUCAGGCCAUAGCAUAAAAAACAAAACUUUUUGAUAAAUCCAGACAUUAGUUAGAUAUUAAAUAUUAAUGUUUACAGUUGGAGUUGGCUGGCCCCCUAGUCAUAUAGGCUUGAUAUAAAAAAAAAGUUUUACUCACAACAAGAAAAAACAAAAACAAAACAAAAACUCUUUCAUAUCUACGAUCACAAUCGAGCAUUUAUCGACUAUGUUCCCUGAAUUUGCAUUUACAUACCUACUAUACGAUAUAUAGACAUAGAGAGAUGAGGAAGUUUCGAUCGAAAAUAAUGUGAACAAUGGCAGUUGCAAUGUUUAAUGGUUAGUGCUUUUCUAUAAAACGGAAAACUAAAAAAAAAAAAAACAGUAAUAAUUCAUAAAUAACGACUUGAACUAGCGCUUAGUAAAACUUUAACUCUAAUUAACACAAAAAAAAACUUCUACUUAUAGCUUAUAUAAAUGCAGAAAAUAGGUAAAGCCAAUACUUCGGUGCCAUCGAAGAGUACUCUCUGAUCCCCUUAUCCUUCUGCCUCUGAUACCUUCAUACCUACUAGACAGUCUCUCUUAAAUACGAUCGUGCAUACGCACUCUCUUUAACGAAUCCCCACACAUACACUCUCUCCAACACACACACAUACAUACAUACAAUACUUCUGUCCGAUCCUUUGCCUAUUCGCGCACUCUUCGCCAAUUUUGUGGGUUGUUAGAGAAUACCUAUUUCUCUCUCGCUCACUCCCCAUAACGUACAUACAUUUUUACAAGCUUGCAUUUGAAAAAAGUCUAAAAUGUACCUGUGAUAUAUAUAAUCCCAUUAAAGUAUUUAAAUAAUAUUAAUUUUUUUUAUGUUUUUGUUUUUCACUUUUUUUCAAGCAACGAAAAACCGCACACGCCCACAAAAAAAACCAGAAAAAUAUAGCAUAAUUUAGAACUUAGGCACGUACGACAUUAGAAAUGCAAAAUAUAUCAUCAUCCCAGAAAAAAGCACACAAAAUUAAAAUCUAUGAGACCCAGUGAAACGUAGAGGAGGUCGAACACUUCUCAAAAAUUUUCGAAUCGUGUUUGGGUUUUUUAAGUAACCAAAAAAAAUAAUAGAAAACCAUAAAAAUGGGCAACGGCUGCAUUGAUUAAUAAAACAAUUUGGACUAAAUUCAACGAAAUGAAUUGUUUAAAAAGAAAUAAAGAAAUCAAAUAAAAUAAUCAUAAUAUUAAAAUUGAUAAGUCUAGUAUAUAGCACAUAGAUCACGCAUGUAUCAAACCUAAAGAAAAAGUAAGAAAUCAAAAGAAUGCUUUAGCAUAUAGAGAGACACAUAAAAAACUUCCUUGCGUGCACCCUACAUACAUACAUACAUAUAUCCCUAGAUCGGUGCUCAUGCAUGUAAAUAUACUAUAUAGCCUCAUUAUACACUACACUACAUAACACUACACUAAACAACAUAUUUAUGCGUCCCCAUGCCAUAUGCCCACAUAUAACUCAUAUAUAUUAUAUUAUUGUGAGCCAACUAGCUUGAGUUGAGAUAUAUACCCUUCCGUAGCAUAAUGAACUCUAGUUGGGUAUUUGAGUUUUUAAACAUGAUUAGCGACUAGUUAUUAACUACGUACAUACGAGUAUUUUAAAGUCAUAGCGUAAACGAAUUUUAAGAUUAAAAACGAAGCAGAAAAAAACGAAAAGCUAAAAUCAAUAUUAAUUUUUAGUGCAUAGUAUGCCAUAUGUAAACGAAAUUUUUCAAAAAA